GCUGGUUGUUGAGAGAGCGGCAACUCUUGCAACAAGGAAGAAGAGCGUCUCAAACAGUCAGAACAAGUUCGUCAACACAGCUCUCGUCCGAGCAGAGAAUCGCAGAGUCGUCGACUCAGCAUCCGGAAGAUCGUCGGCGGAUCAAAAAGAGGCCGGGCUUGGCAGAUUGGGCAUUUGUGUAUUGGCUGAGAAGGACAAUUGACCUCUUGCCCGCCACCACCGCAUGUCAUCACCAUGGCGGCCGCAGAAUAUGCGUGGCCGCGAAGGUCAUCUAUAAGCAGACCUCCCGACACGUUAUCGCCAGUCUACCCAGACCGGCCCAUCAGACCGCUACCAAAGAAGCGACUGCGAGAACAGCUGUCGCCCGAACAGCAGAGUCAGAUUACAUACCCCCCUGAAGCACCAUCGACGUCGCCCCUUUUCAGCUUCCCUUACGGAGUCGUGGAAAAGAUCGACGCUCGAGCUCUCAACCACCACGAGUCGCACGGUCACUGCACGUGCAAGGGUGACGACCACGUUGACGAGAGCGAAGACGACGAAGAGCUGAUUGCAUACGACCACCCAAGCUACCGCUGGUCAUCCCCUGUGAACGACGGACCAAGAGUCGACAGCGUGCAGAGAAAACUGACGACAGCCAAGCCUCCAGCUCCGCCAUCCACCACUUCUUCAGCCGAUGGUUACGAGUCGUUCGAGAAUACAAGCAACAAGAAGAAACGCAAGAUACCCCUUUCUGGCGGAGGCAGUCUGCAUCAGUCCAGCCUGUCGCAAGAGUUGGCAAACAUGGGCAUCUCGUCGAGGGAAGAGCAUCAGCAAGACUCGAGGCAGCUGUCGGGCAGUGGUCGUGGGAGAUUCGGCAGAGGGCACCAGGCCUAUGCUUCAUCGCUAUCGGCAAAGUCACGAGGAGGAAACUGGAAGGGCGACGGCACGCGCACCAAACAAGCCACACCUGCCUCGGAGAACGGGAACGGCAUCAUCUCGCAAGCAAUUGCUAAUGCCCAGCAAGACCAGCAAGACCAGCAAGACCAGCAAGACCAGCAAGACCAGCAUGCAGACGCCGACGCCGAGCACGAGGCGCCAAUGACUCCGACAAAGCAGAACAGCGAGAGUCUGCUCGCCCGCUCUCCGUCAGCUACGACGACUCCGCAGACGCAGUUCACUUUUACCUGCGAGUCCGACUCUUCUAACAAACUUCUCUGGCCACAACAACCAACUCCCUCUCCCAAUUCAAUGCCUCGCUCACCCCUGGCCAACCACUCGACUUCACGCUCCCAACAGACUCAACCCCCCAUUCACACCAAUCCUCCUCCACCUGCUCAGAACACCCAACAGCAACCACCACCGCGCAAGCCUCGCCAACGCCGUCCAAGCAAAGAGUUCGCCCUCCAGGAACGUCAACGCCGCCUCCAACAGGAAUACACAAACUAUCACUCCCGCCCCACUCCAGCUUCCAUGUGGAUUUGCGAAUUCUGCGAGUACGAAGACAUCUGGGGCGUACGUCCCGAGGCUCUAAUCCGCCAAUAUGAAAUCAAAGACCGUAAAGAGAGGCAGAAAGCAGAGGAACGCCGACGUCUCCUCGAAAAAGCAAAGCAGAAGAACAGAAAGGGCAAGAAGAGCAAUGCAAAGGGCAAACCCGCACCGUCGCAAAACUACCAGGACGAGAAUGCUGGGCCGGACGAGAGACCGGACGAGGAAGAUGCAGAGUUUGAUGAUGGAUAUGAAGAGCCAGGACCCGUCGAUGGUAGAGACCGUGGCUACGCUGCUGAUUACGCCUAUGAUCGGCCGCCGAAAGCGCCGGAUAAAGAGGUAUACCCACAACAGCAACCACAGCCUUUGCAGCAGCGGAGGCAAUAGUUGCCCACAAAGAUGUGAUGGGGUGCAGUCAUCAUUGAUCUCCUUUUUGUUUAGAAGCGUCUCGCCCUUUUGGACCACUUGACUUUUUUUUUUUCUCGCAUUGUCUUUUUCCAUCUCUUCUGUGUUUUACGGCCCGAAAUCAUCGUUUUUUUGACAUCGUGUUCCCCCGAUCACAUUGGUUUAUACCUGUCCUUUAUUUCUGGCAUGUUUCUUUUGGUUUUCACUGAUUGCUGAGAUACCUUUUUCGCUUUUUCGCUUUUUGUUCAUGACAUGCGUUUUUCUGUUCCACGCGCCCCCUCCCUCCCCCCCAACUCCCC